AAAUUUUUCAGCACUGAAAAAAAAGUGAAAAAUAUCCAAGAAGGCGUUUAAUAAAUAAAAAUAAAUACAAUUUCUUAAUUUUAACAUUCUUUUUAACAAUAUAAAUAAAUUAAAAGUUAAUUUUAACAGCACUAAAGUGUGUAAUUGAGUAAAAUAAAUAGACACAAAAUUUUGCUGCCAACAGCGACGUCAAUGUAUCGAAAAAAUUUCAUGAAAUUCAUAAAAAACAGAUUGCUGCAAAAUAUUACAGAAACUUGGCAUAAUUUAUGGUUUAUAAAUUUUAAUUUAUAAAACACAACAAAAUUGUUUGAUUAAUUUUGAUAGUGAAAAUAAACGCAUACAGAGAAAUACUUAAACAAACCAAUACGAAAGCUGCAAACACAAAAUAUAAAAUAAAAUUAAGAAAGAAGACAAAAAAUAAAAAAAAAUCGGCGCUCACGCAAGCGUCUACCGCAAUAUUAAUUCUUGUGUUGUUUUUGUUGCUGUUGUUGUGUGUACAAUUCAUUCAGUGUUUAACUGUCUCGUCUUGUUGCUGUUUUGUUUAUUGUUGUUUCUGUUGUUGUAGUUGUUGAUAUUUAAGUACAAUAUUUCUUGAAUAUUAUAUUGUAAACUACUUACUCGCUCAUUCACUCGUCAGUAGUUGGUUAAUAUAUUUAUCGUCGCUAGUAGCAGCAACAACAGCAAAACGAUCAAUUAAAAGUAGAAGCUAUGGGUUAUGACCUACAUCGUUUCCAGGGCGAGGUCGAUGAAGAACUAACAUGUCCCAUUUGUUCUGGUGUCCUAGAAGAACCUUUACAGUUGGUUAAUAUAUUUAUCGUCGCUAGUAGCAGCAACAACAGCAAAACGAUCAAUUAAAAGUAGAAGCUAUGGGUUAUGACCUACAUCGUUUCCAGGGCGAGGUCGAUGAAGAACUAACAUGUCCCAUUUGUUCUGGUGUCCUAGAAGAACCUUUACAGGCUGCUAUGUGUGAACAUGCUUUCUGUCGUGCCUGUAUAAAUGAAUGGCUUUCACGUCAACCAACCUGCCCAGUUGAUCGCAAUGCAUUAACUACAGCCAACCUACGUGCGGUACCCAGAAUAUUACGAAAUCUGCUAUCACGACUCUCUAUUACCUGUGAUAAUGCUGCCUACGGUUGUACUUUAGUUCUAAAACUCGAUGCUCUCAAUAAUCACUUAGAAGAGUGUGAACAUAAUCCCAAAAAACCUUUACCCUGUGAAAAGGGUUGUGGAUUUGUUAUACCCAAAGAUGAACUUAAGGAUCACAAUUGUGUACGAGAAUUACGUACAAUGAUACUAACACAACAGCAAAAGAUGAUUGAAUUUAAAACAGAAAUUGCCGAUCAAAAUUUAACCAUAAACGAGCUGAAACGCGAAUUACAAUUAUUUAAAGAUUUUAUGCGUGCUAUGAGAGUUUCAAAUCCAGCAAUGCGUGCUAUAGCCGAUCAAAUGGAACGUGAUGAAGUUAUACGUUGGAGUAGUACAUUGGCCCGAGCACGAGUAACUCGCUGGGGAGGCAUGAUCUCAACACCAGAUGAUGCUUUACAGGUGAUGAUGAUUAAACGUGCUUUAUCCGAAUCGGGUUGUCCUCCUCAUAUUUUAGAUAAUCUCAUGGAAAAUUGUCAUGAACGACGUUGGCCACGUGGUUUAAGUUCGCUAGAGACUAGACAGAAUAAUCGUCGAAUAUAUGAUAAUUAUGUGUGUCGGCGUGUACCAGGCAAACAAGCUGUUUUAGUCCUAAGUUGUGAUAAUGCUCACAUGUCGGAAGAUGUUAUGGUCGAGCCAGGUCUUGUUAUGAUUUUUGCUCAUGGCAUAGAAUAAGAAAACUUAAUUAUAAAUAAUUAAGAUUGUUUUGAAUGUGUGUGUAUGUUUGUUAUACAUUAUCAUUGAAAUGCUAUAAAAAAAUUUACAUUUAAAAAAAUCUAUAUAUUACUUAUAGUUUUAAACGUAUCUAAAAAAAAGUAAUCAUGAUAAAAGCAAAAAAAGGAAAACAGAAAUAUUGAAACUUAUCUAAAUAAUGUUAAUUAUUUUUUAAUAAGCUGUUUUUUUAACUAAACAAAUACACAAUUAUACAAACAGAUAUUUCUAAUUCUA